UGCUAUCCCUAUUUUGCUAUAAAUACCUCGAAGGAGUGCUAAGAAAACAUUCUCAGCUUGGUUUGCUUAACUCUAAGACUUAAGCAACAUGGGAGCUUUGGUGAUUGCGAGUAUGUUCUUGCUAGGCCUUGUUACCACCAAGGCCAAACAACUACCACAAGAACCGUUAGCUUUAGCCCUCACCAGUAGAGGCAUGGUAGUAGCCCCCAUACAUAGCGCAUCACCUCCAGAACCCCGUAAACUUGUCGCAACGGCCACUAAUUAUGAACCAUACCCAGCUAAAGAUUACCAUUUCGCAGCAUACACCCCUGAAAACAAUGGUUUUGUCCCAAGCUACCCUCCACCCCAACCCGAAGAUGACUAUUCCACCGAAAAGGGCGAAGGUUUCGACCAAGAGCAGUUUUUCGGCGACCUUAAAGGCUACACCCAUUACAAAACCUCCAACAGUUUCAAUUUCGAAGGCCCCCGCCAACUCGAAACCAUCAACACAAAAAGUUACCACAAAGAAGUAGAGCCUUACGAUGUGUCAACUUUCACCCAUGAAGACCAUCAUGGUCAUGAUGAAGAACACGCCGAAGUCCACUACCACCAACACAAACAUGUACACAAACAUAACCACAAACAAGAACACGUCCACAAACACUCCGGUCAACACAAACACCAACACGGACACAAGCACCAACACCAAGGAGAACAUGAACAUAAACAUUUAGGAGAACACAAACAUGAACACCAAGGAAAACACGUACACAGUCAUAAGAGCGAACACGAGCACAAGCAUCACGGAUCGCAUCAUCACAGUCAUCAUGGGGAUCAUAAGCACGAUCAUAAACAUACGGGCGAACAUAAGCAUGAUCACCAUCAUGGACACAAGCAUUCGCAUCAUUCCGAUCACAAACAUGAGCAUCAUCAGGACCAUAAGCAUGAUCAUCAUCAUGAUCAUAGCCAUCAUGGUAUGCACAAGCAUCAGCAUCACAGCCAAGGCUCCCACAAACAUCAGCAUAAUCACAAGCACGAGAGCAAGCAUCAUCAUGGACAUAAGCAUGGGCAUAGCCAUAAGCAUAGUCACCACAAGCAUUGAAUUGUUGCAAUUUUAUCGAAUAAAGUUGGGUUUUAUUAAAGUUA